CAAACACAAACUACUGMAAUCUUUUGGUCACAAAAAUGCAAAAUUCAAAAUUCAUCAAUACAGUGAUGGGCGCGGAAUUGAAACGCUUCAGAUAACGACGGCAACACGGCUCGUGACACCUAGCCUUGCUAAUGUGCUUGAUCUUUUAUCGUUGCGGUUCACAAGAAGYGGGAGUGGACRUUAAGAACAAAAGGCGGAAGGAGACCGGUUCGGAGUCACCUAUUCGGAUGAAAUCACAACGACUCUGUCGUUGGUGGAUUCCGCCUCGCGAACGAAGAAAGAUGGCGAUAACAAUGUGAUGCUAGUGAAGACGAUCCAGCCACUGGUAUUGACUUCCCGGGAGGUAUGGAACUCCUGAAUUAAAAGGAUGCUUCUGUGACGGCAGAACACGAUCCAGUCCUUGAUGCUGUCGAAAUCAUCCGACGAGCCCCUUYGUCAUUGCCGUCAACGUCAACCAGAUUUGGAUUGAUAGCAGUGCUCAAUUCAACAACAACMAAAAUCCCAUCGAUUUCAUCUGAGAUUCGUCCCGCUCUUUAAAAGAUGGAAGAGUCGAGGGAUGAACCGGGGGCAACGACGUGACAGGCAGAAUCGUCUUUUCUUGCGUYUGGACAACCAAAUUGCAAUGUCGUGGAGCCCUUUGCGGCACUGAAGGCUUGCCUCGUGAACAAAACGAAACCCAGAACAUUGAUGCAGCUAUCCAAGACAAUAUCACCCAUCGGAAUUAAGUCUAGUGUUUCCAAGUGUAGUCAUCGCCACCCUUCGCAGAGCGGUCAGUYACUGUCGCCUUUGGAGCACCAGCAAGAAGAGGAACCACACCUAUUUGGCGUUUAUUGCAUGCCAGAGAUGAAGUGUGCCCCUACCUGUGUCCCUACCUGUUUCGACAAAGUAUCUCAAACAACAUAACUGUUGGGAGAAGAGAAGCGAAGACRACGUGUUGCCAACACCACGCUUUGUGGUUAAAGGCGUUCGAGACGGCAGCGACAUAUAUCAUGUACGAAUACAUAUUAGCAGGGAACAAAUGGCGGAUCGGCAAGCACCAGGUACUGCCAUAAUCAUUUCCUUCAUACUACAUUGUACUCAAAUUGGUUUUUAGCAAUACUGAGUUGGAGAGAGACAACACUUCGAAGUACGGUACCAAUCGUAUUAAAUAAUCCAAUUUACAAGUU